CAUCAUAUGGAAUGAUUUCUUGCUUCAUUAAUAAUUGUUUGGUUUGUUUGUUCUCAUUUAAAAAGAAAAUUGAAAGAAGAAGAAAAAAAUCAUGGAUCUUUUCAUUGCCAUUAAAAUUUGGCCAUCAUUUUAUCUAUUAAUGAUCUGGUCUAUAUGGUCAUUCAUAUCGAUAUAUGAAACAGCUACAUUAGAUUCAUCAACAUCUGCGACCAAUCAAAGCACUUCGAUUGUAAAUUGUCGUUGUGGUUUAAAACCGUGGAAAAAUCGUGAUACAGACAGUGAAGAACCAACACGUGAUUGUUGUCAAUAUUUUAUUCAAUCAAAACAGGGAAAUUUUUCCGAUCAAACAUUUAUCUGUCAAAUUCAUAACGAAUUGGUUUAUAAACGUUUUCAUAGUUGUUGUAUAACAUUAUUACAAAGUGCAUAUUGUUCACAAACACGAAUCAAAACUGGUGCAGUAAAUAAAAUUUCCAACGAUAAACGACAACGACGUCAUCGAUCAAGAAUCAACAGCCUAAUUCAAUGGCCAAAAGCUCGUUUAAAUUUUACAAACUAUUUCAAUUUGUAAAUUCAAAUUUGUUUUUCUUCGAUAAUAAUAUUUUCAUUUUUUAUAUACAUUAAAUACAUUAUAUUAUAUUAU